ACGUCAUUCAAGAUGGCUUCCGGCCGGUGUUAGUUGUGUGUUUAUUUUCGUCGCGAACAGUCUGCAAGCUGUUCGACUUUCUUAACUUUUUGCUUUCAUGUGAGAUCAGAACGAUGGCCUGUGUUUAAUACAGGUCUUGCAAUUAUUCCACGAUUCAAUCAACAGCUCUUGUCUAUCGUGGACGAAAAUGUUGAUCAAGGAAUACAGAAUUCCUCUGCCGAUGAGCGUUGAAGAAUAUCGCAUCGCUCAAUUGUAUAUGAUUCAGGUAAGCCAAUUUUUUUAAAAGAGAUCUGAUGUAAAACAGUUUUUCUGAGUACAAAUCUGAAAGGACUCUCCUCGUUGCCUUUGAAAGUGACACCAGGUUCGACUUCGUUAAAGAACCUUCGAUCGCAAAUGACUGUUUGCUAAUGUCAGAAUUUAUGUACCGGCCUUCGAUGUCUGAAACUCGCAAACAGCCGAAAAGAGGCAAAAUUUUCUUGUAUAUAUGUGUACCUGAAAGGAGUUUAAACUUGAGGUCACUAACAGCAUCUUCAUAGCUGAUCGAAAAAAGUCUUGGCACGACAUUAACUUUUACAGCAUGAUGCAUCACUUGCCUGUCAAUAAUUCACUUUCGUGACAGCUUUAAAACUAACGUACCUUCGCUACAAACGAACGAACCUUUUAUCUCAGACGUAAACUAACUGUAGUUCAGGCUUAAAAACAAAGUUUGGAACUCAUUCAUUAAACGCCAUUUAGAACGAAGGUGAGAUCAAGAAGUCAGUGGUAGAAAUAAGUGGAUAUUUAUGGCGUUUCUUUUCGUUUCGUGCAGAGGUACAUGUUUGUCAAGUUUCUUAUAAAUGCCAAAAUAUAAGCUUAUGUGCGUGAAAUGUCCAUUUGUAUGCAAUGCUAGUGUUUGCGCUAACACAUUUGACUUAGCGUGGGCGAUCGGACAUGUCCUUGCAUUAAAACCUGUUAUUUUCUAUUCUUUGAAUUCCAGAUACACACAUAUGUGCCCUAGAAUGCUAGGUCAUUUUUGUAUGUUGUAUUCCAAAGAAAAAGUAAUAUUAACUGCCACGAAAGAUAUAGUAAUAGAGAAGCAAGCUUCCAAUAAUAUUGAAAGUUCAGCUUUCAUACUAAAAAAUAGUGUUCUCUAAAUUUGAUUACUACCUUUGUUCCAGCUGAAUAUUUUGGCAUUACUGCAAAAGACGACUCUGUAGCGGUCCAUGUUUGAUAUUAACCCAUUCAAGAUAAUAUUCAUAAUUUUAUGACAUUUUAUUCAGUUAAGAUAAAACGAUCUUGGAUACCUUCUUGCUCCCAGAUGUCCAGUUUGAUUUUUAGCCAAGAGAAUAUGGUCAGUGAUAAAUAAUUACCACUUGCAGCUGCAUUCAUUCAGUCUGAAAUGAAGUAAACAAAAAUUAGUGCAUCUACAACUUUUGCCAUUGAUAACAGUUUUAUUUAUGGCAACAUAUAAAGAAAUUGAGGUUUUCUAAGAGAGUGGAAAGAAAGGUACUUAUGAAACAACUUUUUAUAAAUUUCAAGAGCAAUGAUAGCUUUGAUCAAUAGUAUUAUGCGCUUUAAUAAGCUUAUGAUAUGUGAGCAUUAACAUGGAAAAUCCUUUAAAUAUUCUUUUCAAAUGUUGCCCAUUCUUACUUUAAUUAUGUAAAUUAUUGUUAUUUAAGUUUUUUUUUUGCAGUGACCGCGGAGCAAGGUGAAAAGUGGGAGGGCUGACAAUUGAAAAUAACUUUUUUCAUAUUGAAAAUCGAAAAAAGGAAUAAAAUCAUAGUAUUUGAUUUGCUUCUGUCGCGUGACUUUGCAUACUUUAUCCAGUAUAUGUGAACAACUCGCACUUCCAAAAAAAUGAAACUUCUAACAAUAUAUUGAAAUGUUUACUGGUCAAACUCAAACACACCAUUUUCACUGCAAGUAGUUGUCGCCUUUUCUGCAGAGGUUACAGACUUUGACGAAGUCCCAGAUAACUCUAAUAAACGACCAACAUACACGGUCAGUUCAGAUUCAAUGCAAGAAAAGACGCGAUUACAAUUUUAGUAUAGAAAAUACUACACUGAAGUGAUCUGAAAAAAUUCUAACUAUGUCCGUUCACUGUUCAAGUAAUGUAAUUCUUCUUGCCAUCGAUUAUUUCAUUAAUUCGAAAGGAGAAAGACAAAAUAUAAAACUUUUAUCAACUCAAAACAACUACUCACCUUCGUUUGGCUAGAAAAAGCUAGUAAUUUUCUUCAUUUCGUCUGAUAAAACUGAUAAAAAACUCUGCCGGAGCUGGAAGUACAAAACACGCUGCCGAACGAAGCGAAGGGGUGGCCAAGGCAAGGCGUUUGAUCAAGGGGCAAGUCGGCCCCAGGGCACAAUUACCGCGAAAAGCACAGGAGCCCCACAAAAUGCCUGGCGUUUGAAAUUAAAGAAAAUACAGAGAAUAUAGCGGAAUAUAGACGGAAAAAAACUUGUUUCAAGUCUUUUUUUUAUUUUAAUUAUUUUUCUUUUUAGCGCAAAAAGUGGGAACGGGGGCGCAAAAAAGUGGUGGGGCCGCGGCCCUACCAGCCCCUCCCCCUUCGCGGUCCCUGUUUUGGCAAAAUUAUUCAUCUUCUUUGCACAAGGAUCACCAUACAUAUUUUAAGAUUUUUUGUCAUCUGUAUUCGUUUUACAGUAGUAAAUGCCUUAAUCAACAUUUUUUUUUUAAUGAUGGUAACAAGUUAAGAUUUCUGUCUUUUUAUCGAAAAGUUGGAGCAUUUUUACCCAUUUGCAAAGAAGAAGCAAGUGAAAAUUUCUCAUCAAGUAUAAACAUAUCCCCCAUGCAAAGUUCAAAAACGAAUAGCAGUGUGUGAUAAAGUUAAAACCCAAAGAAGAAGCUGAAUGGUUUUAUACUUUUUUUUAAAGUAUGAAUUGCAAGUUUGCAUAUUACAUGUAUGAGUGAAGGAAUGAAAAUCCAUAGGCUUUGGACUGUUUUGGCCAAAAAAACUGAUAGUAAAAUUCAAUGUGGGAAUUCUUUUUAUUGUGAUAAUUACUUUGUGUGGCCAGUACCGCUGCUACCUGUAGAUCCAUUUACUGAUGAGUGUUAGAAGUGAUCAAACAACUUACUAUUCCUCACUAUGUAUGUAGGGGGAAAAUGCAGGGACCCACUGAAAACUGCUAAGGCGAGUGGUUUCCUUGCAUAAAAAAUUAUAUUAUUAUUAUUAUUAUUAUUAUUAUUAAAAAUCGAACCUUUUGUGGAAUAUGAGAUUGCAAGCAUUUGUACUUGCAAUAUUGGUGAUAUACUUCAGCUGAAAUGCCUUGGGGGUCUUAUAAUAUGAAGCAGUACCUACACAUAGCCAGCAGUACCUGCAUAGCCAGCAGUCAGUGCAGGGGGAUGACAGAGUUCUCAACAUAAAUUGAACCUAUAAAACAUCAGGGUUCAUAUAGGUCAUGGAAAACCUGGGGAGUCAUGGAAUUUUAAGAAAAAUUUCAAUUUCCAGGCCUGGAAAGUCAUGGAAUUUAAUUGCCGGUCCUCGAAAGUCAUGUAAAAUUAAAGUUUUGUUUGAUAAAUGAGUUACUGCAGAUGACAAGGAAAGGACAAUGUAAUAUAGUGAGGAGUUAUUAAACAGUGCAAAUGGCAUGGAUUUUGGUAGCCACCAGAGUUUGUGUCUGUUGGAUUGUUUGAGGUCAUAAAAUACCCUAAAACAAGGAAAUUUUUUAACAUUUUUUAGAAACUGACCUCUAAACCUUAAGUCUUGGAAAACUUGAAAAGGUCAUGGAAAAUGUCAUGGAAAGUCAUGGAAUUUGAAGAGCUCCCUGACCAUAGCACCUGUGAUGGGUGUUGCUCAUAAGUGUUAAAGCUUUGAGUUGAUCACUUUAACACAAAGUUUCUUAAGGCCUGUUUGCCAUGUGCCAUGUUGUUAACAUUGCUUACAAGAAUGGAAUAGUUUUUUUGAAAAGUGAUAAAUUAUAUUAAUUAUUACUAUUAAUUAUUAAUAUUAAUUACUAAUUAAUUAUUGACAAUCCUGGAUGGUUUUUGAGCAAACUAUUUCUGUAAAGUUUUGGUGUUACUUUUCUCUCUUUUUUUGUUUGUGUAUUUUUUUCUUAGCAUGACUAUUUGUAUCCCUUUUAUAAAGACUAAACAAAUAAGAUGAUAAUAUCAUAUAGGUGGCAAAUUUCUCCCUAAUUUUGGAGACUUGAAUUAAAUUUCAGUGUUACAGGUACCAGUAAUUAAUGUGAAAUAACAAAAUAUGCAAUACCAUCGUUUGGAGGAUAUAGGGUACGUAUAAUGAUCACCAAAAGAUGAAUGAAGCAAUCAUUCAUUGUACAUUGUAAGGGCUCAUUAAAGGGGAGCAUGAAAUAAAACCACAAGUGAUAUCUGAUCUCAUCUGAUCUGAAAUACUCUCUUUGAUUCACAAGUGCUGAUCAUGUCUAAGUAAGGGAAAUAGUGCUGCGCACAGAUGACGUCACAACAAAAUUGUGAGCCCUACCGAGCUUCAGACAAACAUGGUGGUUGACCUGCACCGUUCUAAACCUCUUAUCCAUUGGUCCCGUUUAAUGUGCACUUCCAUUGUUUUCAGGGAUAGAGGCCUUGUUAUGUCAUAAUCCCUAUUGUUUUCCCAGCCAGUCACUUUGCUUUCUUUCUGGAUUUUUCGCUUUUAUUUAGUGACUCAGACUUGACUUUUCAGAGAUCCUUGAGUCCCUCUUACAUUCUACCCAGCUACAACACUUCUUGCUGUUUACCAUUUCCCGAUAAAAAUACACAAAAAACUUUGUUUUGACUCAACACUCGGUGAACGCGCAUACAAAGCCUUUGAGUGAGAAGCAAGGACUAUCUGAGUCUUGAGGGGAGUCUCAUCUGAUGUAAACUCUUUUUAAGAAUCUGUGCGCAGCACUAUUGAAAAGAGAAUUGACAGGUUGAGAUUUUAUCAGAAGUCAGUUAUGCCUUUUAUUACAGGCACCAUUCAAAUGAUGGCUGUGGAAGACUCCUGAUAGGUUUUGAAUUUUCUUCCUCAAAAAUGUGGAGCUUGCUUCUUAUCACCCAAACAGCUGUUUAAUUCUCUUAUUUAUGGAUACAGCUGUGAAUAAGUAAUUUAAUAUAUUUAUAGAUUAGUUACUCUUAAAAUUCAAGGUGUAAUUCAAUAAAAUUAUUCAAUUCAAUUCAAUUUAUUUCUCUCAAUAUGUAACAAGUUCAGAUGCCCCUUGUGUUAGAAUUACAUAAUCAACUUGUGUUUCAUUUUUGAGGUUCUUAAUCAAUUUAUUAUUUUUUUUCAAUAAGAUUAAUUAGUGAAUAAAUAAUGAUGCAACAUAUAUACUACAUGUAUUUUACACACAUUUACAUGUAUUCAAUUAAUAUUUCCCAAGUAAUAUAAAUAUUGCUUUCUGCUCUUGCUAAUCAUGUAUACUUUUAAAAAGUCUUAAAUUAAUUUUGAAAGCCAUAAAACCUUUGAGAAUAUUAUGAUAAUAUUGACACCAUAUCGUGCUUAAAAAGUCUUCUUGUUUAAGUGAUGAAAAAUCCUUAUCUCACCAUAUUUUAGGCAGGUGCUAUGUCUUAGCAUUUUUUAGGCAAGCGAAUACAAGCGCAAAGUGAACGAGGAGUGCCAUGGGCGAGGGGGUGAAGGCAAAGGAAAAAAACUCUUCUCAUUGCGUGUCUCGUGAUCCGUGCUGGCAACGCACUUGCCUUUGCUUGCCAGAAAAACGCCAAAAAAUGACGCCUGUCACUGGCUAAGCAUCGCUGUCCAGUUUUUUGCCUUUAAGUUUUUGUAGCUUUUUUAAAGACCAAGUGUUCAUUUCUUUUGUCAACAACUCUUUAGAAAAAAAGCAGGCUGGAUAGCGUUGGUGAAGGAAGUGGAGUAGAGAUUCUUGAAAACAUACCUUAUACAGAUGGACCAGGAGGCAGUGGACAGUACACAAAGAAAAUCUACCACAUUGGAAGCCAUCUACCGGGCUGGCUUAAAGCAAUUCUGCCCAAGGCUGCGUUGAGAGUGGAAGAAGAAGCUUGGAAUGCAUAUCCCUACACCAAGAUGAGGACAACUUGCCCCUUUGUGGAGAAAUUUUUUGUUGAUGUAGAGACGUAUUAUUACCCUGAUGCUGGACAACAGGUAGAGUUCACGUAUGUUGUUCUAAAACUUGUACUGUUUUCUUAUCGUCCCUUAUAAGGGAAUCUGGAUUCUGGAAUACGGGAAAUUUUUGCUUGUGGAAUCCGAAAUCCUGGGAUUUGGAAUCUGGCAUACAGCUCAAGGAAUCCAGAACCCAAGUUUUACUGACAAAGACGCAAUCCGGUACCUGGAAUCCAGAAUCCAUGGCAAGGAAUCCAGAAUCCAAGACUGUGUUGGAUUCCCCUACAUGGGGCGAUUCUUAACACUGUAAACCAAAAGUUCCUUUCUCCUUUCAGUUUAGUUACAUUGGCAAUUAAAACGUGUUGAAAUAAUGAAAGUAUGAAAAUGAUAAUGAUAUUAGAACUGCAGAAUGAAAUUAAAUGCACAGAGGAUGGUUAUUGCAGUUAUAGGCACAACUUUUGUAUAUUUUCCAAAAAGAGAGCCCGAAAAGAUUCAGGCUUGUUUACUCAGGAUUCAAACUCUGCAAAAGUUGCAUCUAUAACUGCGAUGAUCUAUUUAUACUAGCGAGCUGAAGCAACGAGAACGCAGACAUACCCGAUGUCAAGACUGGAAGCGGGAAGUGUUGUUGGCUUUUCGCUUAAUGAUACGCUUCACCCAAAUUUGAAACCUUUUGUUUUUACUCCUGUAGUUUGAUGUUAUCGAACUCAGACCACUAAAAGAGAGAAAAGACCUUCUUCGGGUUGUUAUUUUUGACUUCCAGGACGUGAAGGUUUACGUUGCUUAAGCUCGCUAAUGUCUUUUUAAGACGUGUUCUUUUAUCCGCCUCUCAUAUUUCUCUUUGGUACCACCCAAACAAAGAAUAAGAGAAGUAACUAAGCAGAAACACUAAAUAAGGAAAGAAAAUAGCAUGCUGGGCUAGAUGCCAUGACUAAAUUUUGGAAUCUGAGUGGUGUGCUUACCUGCAGUCGCAAAGGGUCUCAAAAUGUCUGACUUUCUGUAGUUGUCGUCUUCCUUUGUACUAGCUACAUUCCCUAUUAACUUUCACAACCAGUUUCUGUGAAGAUUAAAGCCAUAUAACAAUCAUAUCCAGUUCUUUUUCCUGUUGUUUUUUUUUUUUAGGAAAACGUUUUCAACCUGUCAGCUGUUGACCUUCAGAGUCGGGAAGUUGGUGAGUUGGCCUUUUUUUUUGUUCAAACAAAAAAAUUUCUUCGGGAACAAGGUCAUUUGGGAGGACUUCCACUAAAAAGAAUAGACGUUUCUAAGAAAAGACUUUCUGAUCGCUGGUCGUUAUCCUGCAAGAGCAGACGCCUUCUUCCGCUCUUGACUCACUCGCCAUGAAAGAAGAGCCGAAAAAGGCGUCUGUUCUCACAUGCUACAUGCGUACCUGANUCCUUUGUACUAGCUACAUUCCCUAUUAACUUUCACAACCAGUUUCUGUGAAGAUUAAAGCCAUAUAACAAUCAUAUCCAGUUCUUUUUCCUGUGGUUUUUUUUUUGUUUAGGAAAACGUUUUCAACCUGUCAGCUGUUGACCUUCAGAGUCGGGAAGUUGGUGAGUUGGCCUUUUUUUUUGUUCAAACAAAAACAUUUCUUCGAGAACAAGGUCAUUUGGGAGGACUUCCACUAAAAAGAAUAGACGUCUCUAAGAAAAGACUUUCUGAUCGCUGGUCGUUAUCCUGCAAGAGCAGACGCCUUCUUCCGCUCUUGACUCACUCGCCAUGAAAGAAGAGCCGAAAAAGGCGUCUGUUCUCACAUGCUACAUGCGUACCUGAACUAUAAUUGGUUGAAAAAUACUGACGUCACAGAAAUCGUUUCCCAGCUCGGGAUCACAGACGCCCUUUUCUCGGCGAGUGAAACAAGAGCCAAAAAAGGCGUUUGCUUUCGCAGGUUAACGGAUCUUUGGCUCAAACGUAUUGUUAUUAUUUAGUAAUAAAGCUGAGAUUCACUUUAACGUGGUUCAAGAAAAUGUUUUUUGUUUGCUCCUGCAGACAUAAUUGAUCCAAUAAAGGAUGCAGUUUCCACAUCAGAUUACAGAGAAGAAGAAGACCCCUUAUUAUACAUCUCCAGCAAAACAGGACGUGGUCCCCUGAAGGAGAACUGGCUAGAACAUUACAGAGUAGAGAAUCCUCCUUCCGAUGUUAUGUGUGCUUAUAAGCUUAUUAAGGUUGAAUUCAGAUAUUGGGGAAUGCAGGUGAGGAAUUAACCACUGAGACUGACCUGUGUCAGUUGGUUAUUUUUGAGUCGCUAGUGGUAGGGUUUGACACUGCAACCCCCGCCAAAGUACCCGUCAAAGCAAAUGCUGCCUGAUUACAAGAAUCGUAUCGCUCGCUACGCGUUUCUCGUAGUGGGUAACGACUAAAAUUGCAAGUAUCCCGCUUGCAUGUUAGUAUCACUGCGCAUCGUUUCAAACGAAAUAACGAAGAUGCGUUUUUUCGAAUUCUUGACGCAUGUGUUUACAAGACAAGGAUCCAUAAGCUAGAUACAAUGGCAAAAACUUAUUCCUUGAGCUGCUGUUUAAAACUCCGGUUGUUGAUCUACUGUUUCUUAUCCACCAUAACGUUAGUGGGUGCUUUAGAAUUUGUCCAUGAAAAGGAUUUUUCGUAAACAACUGGCAACUUGUGGUGAAGGAUUUUUCUGCACAAUUCCAAAUAAACCUUAUCCUGAAGGUUAAUGAAAGUGGUAAAUCCGUAAUGUAGUGGUGGGUCCAAACCGUACACUCAUACAAGUCAACAUAAGGUUUGAGGGGGCUAUAAACAGGAAUUAUUAUGAAAUCCCUCUUUUCUUUUCAUUUCUUUAACUGCAAGAGUUAAUUAUCUGUGCGUUGUUUCCUUGUAAGCCGCCCAGUGUAGAACAUUACCGCGAAAAUACUCAAUCAUUAAUACUGCAUGGUAUAUUACAGUUAUAUUUUGCUACUUAAAAAUAACAGUUUACUAUUAGAGUUGAGACUACUGAGAAAACCGGCGGUAACUCACUUUUUUAGGGAAGCAGCGUGGCCGAGUAGUUAUAACGCUGGACUUGUAAUGGGGGGGGCUCGGGUUCAAGUCCAUCCCUAACCGAUAGCUGCCGGAUUUGUUCUCGGUAGUCCCGAGCUCAAAUCCUCGGCCACGCUGGUAAAUAACCUUCUAGUUCGGCUCCUACCAGUGGGGAUUCUUAACCGUAUUAUUUUCUAGUUAAAUGUAUAUGUUUUGUUAUACCUGAAAAGUCCCACAAGGGGUGAGGAUAAUUGAGUAUUUAAUUUGAUUGAAUUUGUUGUUGUUUGUAGAACAAAAUUGAACAUUUUAUCCACUCGGGUCUGAGGCGGCCCAUGUUAAUGGGCCAUAGACAAGCGUGGGUGUGGCAAGAUGAGUGGUACGGACUCACGAUUGAAGAUAUUAGGAAAUUAGAGGAAGAAACACAGAGAAUAUUGGCCAGAAAAAUGGGGACACUUUCAGAGACUAACAAAGUAAACAGCAGUUUAUCUUUAGAUCACGAUUCCGAUCAGGAAAUCGGCUUUGCCAGCGACAAAGGACGUGGAAGUGUAGUUUAUGUCCAAGACAAUAACAACGGCACAAAGCUGGAUUUAAUUUCUAAAACUUCACUAGAUGACAGUGAAGGAAGUAUAUCUCCUUCACCUGUUGCUAUAACGGUUGAGAAAUUCGGAUAUGAUGAAGAGAAUCCGUCUCAAAUCCUGCAUGAAAAACUGAGCAUGAAAAUCUCUCAUGGCUUAGAAUGUAAUGGUUUAGGACAAAAGGAACGGAGCCCUUCUUUCGACAGUUCGUCCGCGAGGGGACUGUCGCGAGCUGAGAUGCUGAUGGGAUGGCGAAUGAGUACUAUAGAAACCGUUGAAUCCGAUUCUGGAGAAGAAGAGUUUUUUGACGCACAAGGUAUGGUAUGGAACCUAACCCUAACCCUUUCCGUAGUUAGCUUAGAUACCAACAGCAACGUCCCUGUUUUUAGAUAUCCUGCCUAUGACUAUUGAACUGAUUUGUGUUUGUGUAUGUGAAUGUCUUUUUGUGAAAGUAAACAUGAUCUUCGCAGUAGAAUAAACAACCUAAGCGGUCCUAAGGGGUAUUUUGAACUGCGGAUAAACAUGAUUCAUUUCAUAUAUUUUAAUUCAUGUCCUCUUACAUGUAGGGCUUUUAUACAAGCUUCCUGGCUCAUAGAUCGUACCUGCGUAAACAAAUUUAAUUGAUGUAUUGAUUGAUAUCAAAUUGAAGACCCUUUCAUACAUGCAUAUAAUUCUAUUGCAGAGGAUCUGGAAGAUAACUUAGAUUCAAAUCUGCUGUCCAUUCGUCACGUGGAACUCAGCAACAGUUUUAAAAGCCUUGAGUUAGACACGGAUUCCUCACGGGGCAGUAGAGAGUCUUUGGAUUCGGUAGCUUCUUCACUUACUGAUGAACAGAGCUUAGAUAAGGUAAGACGACGAAAUUCGCAGACUCCAAUAAUGACUACCGUACAGGUUGUCGAAACGUCAUUCUCGAUCAGCCACUGUCAUAAACAGUCCAUUCACUAUUUUAGAUUUCGUAAAGGCGAAAACAUCACUGUCUCGUAGGGAGAAAGUUUUACCAUGCGUAUAAAACCAAUGGGAACUCGAUAAAGCCAAUAAAGUGCAGAAUGCAAAUAAAUCAUCCCUUUAAACCCUAAGUAUAAAAACAAAGGGUUGAAUUGCUCGCUUUCAUAGUUUGUGUGUACAACGCUUUAUGAAGGACCUUUUGUUGCUACAAGCCACUUGCUUCUCUGUAGUUCGCAUUUGAAUAGGCUCAAUUGAAUGGCUUAGUUCAGUUUCGUUCCACUGAAGAAAUGAAAUUAGUCAAAAUACUCGCUCUCUUGUUUGACUAUCGGCUGGUUUAUUCACCAAGUUCUGUCUCUUUGCUCCUUGUUUUUCAGUCUCCUCGACUCCUUAGAAAAGAAAAGUUGUGUAAAAAGGUCAGCGAUACUUCUACUUGUUCGUUACCAGCCUCCAGCAUUACUAGCCUCAUUCUCAUCAUCCACGGUGGGACGCAAAUAGACACGGGCAUGGAUCCCACGUCACGUGCCAUGGACUUUAAACUCCUCCAGGAUGCAUUUGAAGCGGUGAUUAAUUCACACUACAAAGGUGCUGUGGGAAGGAUCGCUCUGAGGCUCGUCGAGUGCCCAGCUAUUUGCUCCAAAGCACUGAAUCUGUUGUCUCAGCUGUGUCCUUACUCUGAAAGUGAUUCGGGUAAGAAUUGAAUGGCCAUAAACAAGAGUCGAAAUGCAAACCGUAGACGGGAAAACCGACAGUCUAAAGGACCAUUUCAAUUCCUUUUUGUCAAUCUCCUCACGAUUCGGCAUCACGCUCUUUCCCACGAAGGCAGAAAGUUCUCUUAGUUCGCUAGUCUAUUGUUGGACUAUUUGACACCAUUCUUCCUCGUUUUAAGCAAAAUGGACCAUCGUCCUUUUUGUUUAAUGGACCAAUCAUAACCUCUGCGUUUGACUUGAGACAGUUAUUCUCCGUCACGCAUGUUUGUCCCAGUGUCAAUGGAUUAAGCAGGCAAGCGGUCUGUAAUACGGGACCACCAUUUUACGUGGUCAUGAGCGUCACGUGAAGGUCUAACCGUUUGCAGUGCAAAGGCAGUACCUUCUUCUUCAGUUCAUUAAGACUCUGAGUUUUAGUUGGUCCUAAAAAUCGAAUUCGCUACCUCCCACUCUCCAGGCCAGCACUCUGCCGACUAAGCUAAUCCUUCCGCGGUUAUAACUGACCUUCCAACACCCGGAGCGCACAACCCACACUACUGAGAAAAAAAAUAGUACCAUGCGAAUGUUCUGGUAAGAAGCUUAAUCAGAAUGGUCAUAUCAUAACGAAGGAUUACGUGACUCUGUAUGCCCAAAACCCUUACCUAAAUCGAUUGUGUUAUAGUGAACCGCGAUUUGAUCAUUAGAGUUGAAUAUGUUCCUUUUCCUUGUUUUCAGAUGCAGCAAGCGUCAACAGUGGCUUUACUCCCGUGUCAAGUAGUUUUCCUUUAAGCGCCAUCUCACUGAUGGUCUCAUCUUCGCCUUUUUAUGUUGACGCCGUUAAUUCCAUGGUGGCCGCCACAAACAUGGCUUAUCGUGAUUUUCUCAAGUCUGAAGAAGGUCAAGGUUUUCGGGGAGAGGUGAAUACAAAAAUUAUUCUGCGACAAAAGAAUAACCUUUAUGCCCAGUGUUACCUCCAGUUUUUGGACACCCUAAAGACCAGGCUUAAAUUGCGGGGGAGAGGGGGAGGGGUGGAUUAACCCAAAACACUACAGGGAAAUAGCGAGGAAUAUUUGAUUUACUCAAAUAGUUGACAUAUAUGAAGAAAUGACUACACCUUCAUUCAUUAAUAUUGGAAUUUAUCGUUCAACUCGCUAGCAAAGUUUGGCUAUAUGGUAAAACUGUGGCAGGUUACCUACAUAAUUUAAACAAUUACUGAAUGAGGCUAGUAUGAUACGAUUGAGGGCAGUGUUCGCCUCUCAAAGCUGUAAAUUCCUUUGCCUUUUCUUGUGGUCUGCACUCACGCUUAAGCAGCUAAGCUGCCGGGCCGCUGUUUCACGUGACGUCAUAUACAAUCAUCGACUUCUUAGUGACUGACAUCAGUGAUUGUAUAACCUAAGCGUUUUCCAAAUUUGGUCAGCGCCAGUAGCGCCAGCUGGUUAUGAAGAAUCUUUUUUGGGGGGGUGGGGAGGGAGGGGAGGGAUUAUAGCCAGUAAGAAAUAUUUGUAUAGCCAAUAAGAAAAUAUGUGGAAUUAAUGAUAAUGUGUUUUAUUGACUUGUAGGUUUGUGUUCUUGGUGACUGCAUGGGCGCCCUGCUUGCAUACGACGCCUUAAUCAGUAACGAGAACACCUUGUCCAAACGCACCCAAAGCUUCUUUUCAAACACAGCGAUGCUCUCGCCUCUCGCUGCAACGACUGCAGGGAACAACGGAGAAACCAAUGGAAGCGUGGUGAAAAAACCGCGCCGCACAAGUAGCCAUACUCCGCCCAGUAAAAGCUUGGAGGUCUCGCACAAUCUCAGACUCAGUCUGAGUAGCGGAAAUAUUCGAGAAAAUGUCGAUCCAAAUUCCGACGAAAUCAUGCGCGCUCCGCCAGUCGAGGAGUUGGAAGACACCGUUUUGGAGUCACCGAAUCAGCUAAGCAGAGCCGAGCGGCUACAAAAGUUUUCCUUCGAGACCUCUCUGUCGAUGGAUUCCGUAGAUCAUGCUAUGUUCGAUUUUGAAGUUUCCAAGUUUUUCGCAUUUGGUUCGCCUAUCGGACUUGUUUUGGCUUAUCGUAGAUUCAUGCAUGGAGAGGACAGGACAGGUAAUGACCAUACUUAUCACUGUAAAUAAAACUGAACGUUUUCCUUACAAUAAGUUCCCAUAGUCACCACGCUAUACGCUCGAUUUCCGUCGCUCUCUCGGAUCCGGGGGUCCGUUUCUCAACAGUCCCGGUAACUUUACGGCCCGAUAUCAGAUUUUCAGAUCAUAAUCUAAACAACAAAAACGCGUUUCCUAGCUAUCAUAUUAUCUACAAACCUACUGAAACCUCUAUCUCAAAUUUAAACGACAACAGCUUUUCAGGCCCGUUAAUUAUCGGGACUUUUGAGAAACGGGCCUUCGGUCUUAUUCCUUUUCGGGAAAAGAGCGUGGGCUCAUUUCUCGAUCAGCGGCUGGUAAUUGGGUCUACUCACACGAAGGAGUAUUUUAUUUCCAAACCAAAUCAUUUCAUUACUUUCUUUGCAGCUGUACCGCCAAAACCUGCUUGCGACCAGGUCUAUAACCUGUUUCACCCGUUUGACCCAUCUGCGUCUCGGAUCGAACCUUUGAUCAGUCCGCAGUUUGCACAGAUCCCUGCUGUAAGCGUUCCUCGUUAUCACCGGUUCCCGCUUGGAGAUGGCCAAUCACAUCUUCUUAACAAGGUCUUUGCUGAUAAUCCUGAACUCUUUGUUAGCCAGCCUGGUAAUUUUCGUUCUCAAUCUCGCCCGGGCUUGGUUCAACGGGACAGCAAUCUGAGCACUGUAAGCCUGGUAUCUAGUGACAGUUCGGAUAGCCCUAGAGGGGGUACAGAGUUUGAUGCAGGUAUGUCUAAGUUUUUAUUAGGUGGCGCGAUUCUUUUAUUUAAAAAGGUUUUACAAGAUAUCCGAUAAUCCUGAAUACGUGACAAGAUCGAGAAGCUGCUUCAAAUUCCUGAAAAUGACAGCCUUAAUGUUUCACGAACAGUAAGUUGAUUACCGAACCUGUCUGGCGUUUAUUUGUACUGACUCGUGAAGGACGCAACGUUGUUUUUACUGACUUGCUCUAAUGCUAAGUUUUUGAUCAAGUACAGGAUAUUUCACUGAUUUCUUUGUUUACGUAAUCAGCGGUCGCUAAUUGGUGGGGCACCAGACGACUUGACUUUGCCUUGUACUGUCCCGAGGGACUUCAGCAAUUUCCAACAGCCGUUCUCUCGCCUCUCUUCCAUGUCAGCUAUUGGGAAUCAAGCGACGUGGCCGCGUUUGUCGUCAGACAGGUACUCAACUGGUUUGGUGCUUUUGCUUCUCCUUGUGUUCGUUGUGGUUUUUUAGCCUGGUUACGUCUUGUUAGUGGUGACACAUAUAAACCCGGUUCAGACGCUGAUCUUUUCAUGAGUCAAACCUAAUACAUUGAAUUAAGUACAUGAAAAGUUUGGCGUAUGAAUACGUGAUUAGGAACGCCUAUUUCAAUUUGGAACGGCUCAGCCGUUCUUCACGCCUAGCCCGGCCGGGAAUUUCGACUGGUGAACGACUUUUGAAGUCAUGAUUUCAAGAAUACAGUUAAUAUGUAUAUUUUUAUUUUAACAGGCAAAAAAAGUCUUAGAGGAGACAAAGCGGGAUGCCGAACUUCAUCAUGCUGCUUGCAACUUUAAAAAAAGACCAGGCCAANCUCAGUUGCUGAGUCAUGCCCUAGGGGAGGCUUUAAAAUACAGAAUUUCCAGACAUGGAUGAGGGAAUUUUCCGUAAACAGCAUGUGAUCAUGCCGGCUAGGACGUAUUGCCUCCAUAUUGCCCCUUUUUACAGCUAGCUAGGCUCAUUUUUAGGUUCCAUGGCCUGAAAUGACGAUAAAUUCAUGCCCUAAAUGUAAAAAGUCCAAAAACGUCCUCGAAAGUUUAGUUUCCAAGCCGUUUUAGACUAUCGGCUGGUUUAUUCACCAAAUUCUGUCUCUUUGCUCCUUGUUUUUCAGUCUCCUCGACUCCUUAGAAAAGAAAAGUUGUGUAAAAAGGUCAGCGAUACUUCUACUUGUUCGUUACCAGCCUCCAGCAUUACUAGCCUCAUUCUCAUCAUCCACGGUGGGACGCAAAUAGACACGGGCCUGGAUCCCACGUCACGUGCCAUGGACUUUAAACUGCUCCAGGAUGCAUUUGAAGCGGUGAUUAAUUCACACUACAAAGGUGCUUUGGGAAGGAUCGCUCUGAGGCUCGUCCAGUGCCCAGCUAUUUGCUCCAAAGCACUGAAUCUGUUGUCUCAGCUGUGUCCUUACUCUGAAAGUGAUUCGGGUAAGAAUUGAGUGGCCAUAAACAAGAGUCGAAAUGCAAACCGUAGACGGGAAAACCGACAGUCUAAAGGACCAUUUCAAUUCACUUUUGUCAAUCUCGUCACGAUUUGGCAUCACGCUCUUUCCCACGAAGGCAGAAAGUUCUCUUAGUCAGGUCUAUCGUUAGACUAUUUGACACCAUUCUUCCUCGUUUUAAGCAAAAUGGACUAUCAUCCUUUUUGUUUAAUGGACCAAUCAUAACCUCUGCGUUUGACUUGAGACAGUUAUUCUCCGUCACGCAGUUUGUCGCAGUCUCAAUGGAUUAAGCAGUCAAGCGGUCUGUAAUACGGGACCACCAUUUUACGUGGUCAUCAGCGUCACGUAAAGGUCUAACCGUUUGCAGUGCAAAGGCAGUACCUUCUUCUUCAGUUACGUUAAGACUCUGAGUUUUAGUUGGUCCUAAAAAUCGAAUUUGCUACCUCCCACUCUGCAGGCCAGCACUCUGCCGACUAAGCUAAUCCUUCCGCGGUUAUAACUGACCUUCCAACACCCGGAGCGCACAACCCACACUACUGAGAAAAAAAAUUGUACCGUGCGAAUGUUCUGGUAAGAAGCUUAAUCGGAAUGGUCAUAUUAUAACGAAGGAUUACGUGACUCUGUAUGCCCAAAACCCUUACCUAAAUCGAUUGUGUUAUAGUGAACCGCGAUUUGAUCAUUAGAGUUGAACACUGUUCCUUUUCCUUGUUUUCAGAUGCAGCAAGCGUCAACAGUGGCUUUACUCCCGUGUCAAGUAGUUUUCCUUUAAGCGCCAUCUCACUGAUGGUCUCAUCUUCACCUUUUUAUGUUGACGCCGUUAAUUCCAUGGUGGCCGCCACAAACAUGGCUUAUCGUGAUUUUCUCAAGUCUGAAGAAGGUCAAGGUUUUCGGGGAGAGGUGAAUACAAAAAUUAUUCUGCGACAAAAGAAUAACCUUUAUGCCCAGUGUUACCUCCAGUUUUUGGACACCCUAAAGACCAGGCUUAAAUUGCGGGGGAGAGGGGGAGGGGUGGAUUAACCCAAAACACUACAGGGAAAUAGCGAGGAAUAUUUGAUUUACUCAAAUAGUUGACAUAUAUGAAGAAAUGACUACACCUUCAUUCAUUAAUAUUGGAAUUUAUCGUUCAACUCGCUAGCAAAGUUUGGCUAUAUGGUAAAACUGUGGCAGGUUACCUACAUAAUUUAAACAAUUACUGAAUGAGGCUAGUAUGAUACGAUUGAGGGCAGUGUUCGCCUCUCAAAGCUGUAAAUUCCUUUGCCUUUUCUUGUGGUCUGCACUCACGCUUAAGCAGCUAAGCUGCCGGGCCGCUGUUUCACGUGACGUCAUAUACAAUCAUCGACUUCUUAGUGACUGACAUCAGUGAUUGUAUAACCUAAGCGUUUUCCAAAUUUGGUCAGCGCCAGUAGCGCCAGCUGGUUAUGAAGAAUCUUUUUUGGGGGGGUGGGGAGGGAGGGGAGGGAUUAUAGCCAGUAAGAAAUAUUUGUAUAGCCAAUAAGAAAAUAUGUGGAAUUAAUGAUAAUGUGUUUUAUUGACUUGUAGGUUUGUGUUCUUGGUGACUGCAUGGGCGCCCUGCUUGCAUACGACGCCUUAAUCAGUAACGAGAACACCUUGUCCAAACGCACCCAAAGCUUCUUUUCAAACACAGCGAUGCUCUCGCCUCUCGCUGCAACGACUGCAGGGAACAACGGAGAAACCAAUGGAAGCGUGGUGAAAAAACCGCGCCGCACAAGUAGCCAUACUCCGCCCAGUAAAAGCUUGGAGGUCUCGCACAAUCUCAGACUCAGUCUGAGUAGCGGAAAUAUUCGAGAAAAUGUCGAUCCAAAUUCCGACGAAAUCAUGCGCGCUCCGCCAGUCGAGGAGUUGGAAGACACCGUUUUGGAGUCACCGAAUCAGCUAAGCAGAGCCGAGCGGCUACAAAAGUUUUCUUUCGAGACCUCUCUGUCGAUGGAUUCCGUAGAUCAUGCUAUGUUCGAUUNGUGUUCGCCUCUCAAAGCUGUAAAUUCCUUUGCCUUUUCUUGUGGUCUGCACUCACGCUUAAGCAGCUAAGCUGCCGGGCCGCUGUUUCACGUGACGUCAUAUACAAUCAUCGACUUCUUAGUGACUGACAUCAGUGAUUGUAUAACCUAAGCGUUUUCCAAAUUUGGUCAGCGCCAGUAGCGCCAGCUGGUUAUGAAGAAUCUUUUUUGGGGGGGUGGGGAGGGAGGGGAGGGAUUAUAGCCAGUAAGAAAUAUUUGUAUAGCCAAUAAGAAAAUAUGUGGAAUUAAUGAUAAUGUGUUUUAUUGACUUGUAGGUUUGUGUUCUUGGUGACUGCAUGGGCGCCCUGCUUGCAUACGACGCCUUAAUCAGUAACGAGAACACCUUGUCCAAACGCACCCAAAGCUUCUUUUCAAACACAGCGAUGCUCUCGCCUCUCGCUGCAACGACUGCAGGGAACAACGGAGAAACCAAUGGAAGCGUGGUGAAAAAACCGCGCCGCACAAGUAGCCAUACUCCGCCCAGUAAAAGCUUGGAGGUCUCGCACAAUCUCAGACUCAGUCUGAGUAGCGGAAAUAUUCGAGAAAAUGUCGAUCCAAAUUCCGACGAAAUCAUGCGCGCUCCGCCAGUCGAGGAGUUGGAAGACACCGUUUUGGAGUCACCGAAUCAGCUAAGCAGAGCCGAGCGGCUACAAAAGUUUUCCUUCGAGACCUCUCUGUCGAUGGACUCCGUAGAUCAUGCUAUGUUCGAUUUUGAAGUUUCCAAGUUUUUCGCAUUUGGUUCGCCUAUCGGACUUGUUUUGGCUUAUCGUAGAUUCAUGCAUGGAGAGGACAGGACAGGUAAUGACCAUACUUAUCACUGUAAAUAAAACUGAACGUUUUCCUUACAAUAAGUUCCCAUAGUCACCACGCUAUACGCUCGAUUUCCGUCGCUCUCUCGGAUCCGGGGGUCCGUUUCUCAACAGUCCCGGUAACUUUACGGCCCGAUAUCAGAUUUUCAGAUCAUAAUCUAAACAACAAAAACGCGUUUCCUAGCUAUCAUAUUAUCUACAAACCUACUGAAACCUCUAUCUCAAAUUUAAACGACAACAGCUUUUCAGGCCCGUUAAUUAUCGGGACUUUUGAGAAACGGGCCUUCGGUCUUAUUCCUUUUCGGGAAAAGAGCGUGGGCUCAUUUCUCGAUCAGCGGCUGGUAAUCGGGUCUCCUCACAUGACGGAGAAUUUUACUUGCAAACCUCAUCAUUUCAUUAUUUUCUUUACAGCUGUACCGCCAAAACCUGCUUGCGACCAGGUCUACAACCUGUUUCACCCGUUUGACCCAUCUGCGUCUCGGAUCGAACCUUUGAUCAGUCCGCAGUUUGCACAGAUCCCUGCUGUAAGCGUUCCUCGUUAUCACCGGUUCCCGCUUGGAGAUGGCCAAUCACAUCUUCUUAACAAGGUCUUUACUGAUAAUCCAGAACUCUUUGUUAGCCAGCCUGGUAAUUUUCGUUCUCAGUCUCGCCCGGGCUUGGUUCAACGGGACAGCAAUCUGAGCACAGUAAGCCUGGUAUCUAGUGACAGUUCGGAUAGCCCAAGAGGGGGUACAGAGUUUGAUGCAGGUAUGUCUAAGUUUUUAUAAGGUGGCGCGAUUCUUGUAUUUAAAAGGGUUUUACAAGAUAUCCGAUAAUUCUGAUAUUUCACUGAUUUCUUUGUUUACGUAAUCAGCGGUCGCUAAUUGGUGGGGCACCAGACGACUGGACUUUGCCUUGUACUGUCCCGAGGGACUUCAGCAAUUUCCAACAGCCGUCCUCUCGCCUCUCUUCCACGUCAGCUAUUGGGAAUCAAGCGACGUGGCCGCGUUUGUCGUCAGACAGGUACUCGUCUGGUUUGGUGCUUUUGCUUCUCCUUGUGUUCGUUGCGGUUUUGUAGCCUAGUUACGUCUUGUUAGUGGUGACACAUAUAAAUCCGGUUCAGACGCUGAUCUUUUCAUGAGUCAAACGUAAUACAUUGAAUUAAGUACAUGAAAAGUUUGGUGUAUGAAUCCGUGAUUAGGAACGCCUAUUUCAAUUUGGAACGGCUCAGCCGUUCUUCACGCCUAGCCCGGCCGGGAAUUUCGACUGUUGAACGACUUUUGAACGGCUUUGAUUCAAACGCCGAACUUUCAUGUACCGAACCCAAUGCAUAGAUGAUGAUAACGUAUUUUGCAAGCAGUUUGACCAAAAUGAGCAUUUUUCUUCUUUUGAUUUUGAAUUUAGUUCGGCUGGAAUUAAGAUUUCAGCCGGUCUAAAUAGUUUGGGUGGGCCUCAAUUCGAAUUAGGUUUGGCUCAUGAAUAGUUCGGCGUCUGAACCGGGCCUUAACGGUGGGGUUCAUAACGGUUGCGGGAAAGGAAAUCUCGUAAGGGCGAGGGAGAAGGAGGGAAUCGACUUUCCCUUCCUCGCUUCUCUCGCAAGUUCUCCCUCCCCCAUUUCUUCCCUUUUUUAAACUUAUCGGGCCAGAAUCCUUGAAAGUAUCAAGAAUCCCUUUCGGCCCCGGACUUUCUUUGAAAAGAAAUAAAUAAAGAAAUUAGAAUAGUUUUGUCGUUUCAGCCCACUAAUGAGCCAUUAUAACAUGAUCCCUCUUCCAUUAUCAUUGUUUAGUUGACUUCGACUGUGUCCGGUAAUACUGAGUUGUUUUGUUUUCCUUUUUGCACAGAUUCUUCAUGGUGAGUUGGACAGUGUCAGUGUAUCAUCACCCAGUAGAAGAUGUCAGACGUUUAGCCCUGCUGAACCCAGAGAGAAGUGGCUAAAACGAAGAACGGCUAUGAAAAUUAAGGUAUUUACUUUCGCUGUCCUGUGCACUAUAUUGGGUAACCUGUGUCCUGCAUGCAUGAAACAGGUUAUGGGCGUUGUGGUUCACUUUCUACUCAUCAUGCGUGGCCAAAGACAAUCGGAAAUAGUUUCACAUUUAGAAAUUCUUAUUAACAAAUUUGGAAACUUUUUUGGUUGUUGUAGUUGGUUCAAAAACAUUUUUGUGAUUCUCUAAAUUAUGUGAUAAUGCUCCGACCCAGACGGUUAAGAAAAAAAAAAACGUUACGGGUCGGUAACAGUGACUUUUGGAACUUUUCCUUGAUUUUGUUCUACUUGCAGAACCUGAGCGCCAAUCAUCGGGCCAACGACCGGGUGACCCUAGAAGGUCAGGACCAGACCAUUUCGGCCAGGUUUAUGUAUGGUCCACUUGAUAUGGUUUCGCUUAGCGGAGAGAAGGUAGGAGUAACGAACAAAGUUUUCGCUCGGAUUCAAAGCCAGAACCACCUUGUACAUAUAUUAACGGUACUACAGGAGGGUACGCUUUAAAGCCUUCGUCUUAUUGAGUCCUCGCGAUUUGGUCGACACAAAGGAAGUCGGAGGAAAUGUAAUUCUACGGUACAGUGAACUCUCAGUAAGCUGGACACCUUCUCGACCCCACCUAAAAUUUAAAGACCCCACGACCUCUAGAUAAGAAUACCGUUAGCUGACCGACUGAGCUAAAAAGGUAGAGAGAUAUCUGAUCCCACACUGGAAUUGCAUAGAAUUUUAGUAUACUUGAAAUUUCCCUCCAUGUAACCGGUACAUCUAUUUGCAGUUAAGUUUCACUGUAGAAAAACAAGUUAAUUCAGGCCGGAAUAAGCAGCCAUGUGUGCUUCGUAGAUAUACCAUUUUCUGAUCCAAUGUCGCUCUUUUCAGGUGGACAUCUACGUCAUGACCCAACCUCCCUCUGGAGAGUAUGUUUUAUUUGACACCGUUUUGACCGGAAGUGGAGGAAAGUUAUCUUGCUCUAUUCCUGAAGAUAAGAAACUUCCGGUGGGAAUCUACCCCAUCAAGUUGGUCGUCAAGUAAGUAUAACAGCUCCACCCAGAAUGCAACGCCACGCAACGCUCCUCCCGUUACGUGACGAAGCGUUGCGUGACGACCCUAAGAACGGCGGCGAAGGAGACGAGGGAGGUGGUCGUUUACGAGAUUCCAACCACAGGGGCUGUCUUCCGAGAACAGCUCCCGACACAUUUACUUUUCGGUAGAGAAUUUAUCUUAUGCAAUUUCUAAGUCGGUCCCGGCACUCGAGCUGAGGCCACUUCGGUUGGAGGGAAGUGCUAUCACCACUGGUACACUCUUGCUCCUCCCUAUGGUGUGUACUGACGGGGUGGCGGGGGAGGGUCUGGAGUAUAGAGAAGGGUUGAUUAAGGCUCUUCACGUUGCAUUUUGUUGUUUUUGCUUUGUAGAGGUGAUCACACGUGGGUAGAUAGUAACCUAGCCGUUUUGCCGCCUAAAACCGAAGCUGUUGUGUUCAGUAUCGACGGCUCAUUCACGGCCAGUGUCUCCAUUCGUGGUAAAGACCCAAAAGUUCGCGCUGGAGCUGUGGAUGUUGUCAGGUAACAGAGUUUUGUUUUCACAGUGAAAGGAGCACACCCGUGGCCGCCUAACAAACUUUUUGUGGCUACGAUCUUUGAAAGCGUAGCUUCUUUGCUGUGUUGUCUUCUGUGCGUGCGUAAUGUAAAAAAACAACAACGUAACCUCUGCAGAAAUAACUGUAAAGUGACGAAUAUAAAUGAAAAAAAAAACUGUUGUUGAGGCGCGGAGAUCCUAUGUUCGAUUCCGAGAUUCUCCUUGGAAUCUCUCAGUGUAAAGGAAAGCCGGGUUUUUUUAGUUGGCGGGUGGUGGGGGGUGGGGGAAUCCUAAAGCGUCUCCAUUCAGCAGAUCAGACAGCGCAACUUCGCUAUUACUAGAUACUUUAGCGUCUCUCUGGUUUCUCUUUUAGACACUGGCAAGAAUUGGGUUUCUUGAUUGUUUACGUUACAAGCCGUUUAGACUUUCAGAAGACCAAAGUUAUGUCUUGGCUUGCAGAACAUAACUUUCCAUACGGAUUAGUUUCAUUCGGCAACGGGAUUACUAAGGAUCUCCAGAGACAUAAAACCGAGUUUCUCCGUUACCUCGUCAAUGAUGUGAGUUAUUUAUGUUUUAAGUCUGAAGUUUCACCAAAGGAAAAGGCUCAUACCAAACGAAUUUCUGUUUUACUGUUAUUGCGCUCGUUUGCUGAGUCAAGUGACGCAUGCAUCUCUAAUUCACAAUCUAAUUGAAACAAUAAAACCCAGUAAAUUAGUGAGCCAUUUUCAGGCACUGUGCCAUCGAUCUUUGUAUCCUGUGUGUUCAGCUCAUUAUGGGCCAUUUUCGAGUUGUCCCGAGCCUCUGCUUCAUAACGAGGGAAAGGCGAAGUCUUUGAUAUGAAAAUAUUCUUGUUCUCUUGCAAGUCAUGGGCUCCUGUGCAUUUUCACCUAAACAGUUCUGCAUUUAGCCUCAUUUUGAAAUUGAGGGUUUUUGGAAUUCGGAAAUGACCUAUUUGAAUAUUCUUGAAUAGUCUUUUCAUUAGAAUUUUUUCAGCUUUCUGGUGUAAUUAAAUAAUGACUGUUCCUUGUUGUCGUUAGUGUCAAGUGUUGAUUCACGCGGCGUAUGGAUCAGUGAAAGACAUUUCAGUUUACACAUCUAUCGGAGUUCAGUCGCAUCAGAUUUACACUGUAGGAAAACACCAUCCGAGGAAAUACGCGAGCCAGGCUCAGGUUAGUAACACCGUUAUUUACUCUUUAUUCGCCCGUUGACACUAAUUAAUUGAGGUGGCCUCUUGAGACUUGUCCAGUCUCUUAAACUAUGUUCACACUCGGUGUCGAGCUCGUCGCCCGAGUGCGGUAUGUAUUUGCUGGGAAGUAAUGUAAACACAACGUGUUUUCAAGUACCCAUGCUACCUAUCAUAAACCCAGGUCGUGCGGACUGGAGAACGCGCGGACGUGUAGAUUUUAGUCAAAUUGUUUAACAUUGAUAUUAAUUCAUUUGGUAAAUGGGAGACAAAGUUAAAUCACUCGAAAGAGAGAACGACAAGUUGCGAGACCAGAUUAAAAAUCUGUCAAAGGAUUUCGCAAAUUUCAAAGACAAGGUGUACUGUAAAUUCUUUCUCUCUUUGUACAAUCCUUCCGCAUUAUAUUAUAUAUAGACAAAAAUGUACAUAAAAGAAUAAAAAUUAUACUCUACACGUAAAUUGACUGGCCCGCCAAGAUUAGCUCAAGCUACCUGCGGGCCAUUGCACUUUGUAAAACGUAAAUAAGGAAACAAUUCUGGCACGAUGUGCAUGGUGCCUGAUAACAAGAUCUCAACCUUGUACUCGGACGUUAAAUAUUGGCACUGGGUCUACAAGAGAGCCUGGCAAUAUUUCUAGAGCAAUAUUUUUUAAUAACUGAUAGCGCUGUUUUGUUCUUUUCUUUAGUUCCUAAAGGACGGCUAUGCAGCUCAUUUAACAUUCCUGUCCAAUCAACCUAUUUCCAGACCGGCUGUUGGAAAUUCCCGGUUGAUAAUCAGGCGAGGUUGCUUUGGUCUUCAAUCACGAACUACCAAGGCAAGGCACAAGAUCAAACGUUCCAUUUCAGAUAAGCCGUCGAACGAUUCUGACGUAGAAAGUUCAACUUUAUCAGGAUUCUUUAAUUACUCCUCCUUUAGACACACCAAGGGGCGGUCUAUGAAUAAAUUUGAUCAAGACUAUUAGAAAUGACCAUUGCACUCGAGUAGAAAAUAACCAACGGAUCGGCUUAGAUUGGUGGCACAAGAGCGAUGCUUUAUGAGAGGUUCAUAAUCGAGAAUCAUAAGCUAUGAAAAAUAUCUGACCUUAGAGCUCGAGUGAACUCCAUCAGAUUCGAAGAACUCCCUCAUGCAAACAAAUAUCGAACCUUCGUGAAGUAAUGAAUCUUACCUUCGAUGCUGUUUCCUUCCUGUGGUUUUAAUUUCUUCAUCAUAUCGUGCUUAUAUCCGUGUUUUCCUGCGAUUCUCGAGCGUUUGAAAUACCUUCCUGUCAGCCGCCAUUUUGUACAUCCUUCGCUCAGACCCAGUUCCUCGCUGUGUGAUUUAGCACCCCCCCUCCCCUCCCCCCGCUUAAGGUUUGAGUGUACGGCGGUGGUCAGCUCAUUUGCAGAGAAGGCAUCGAGUGAAAACAGGGGCGUAAAAAAAGCCGAUGUCGAAAUUAAACACACGGGUCAACAAACUUGAAGAGAAGACUGACUCCUUUAUCGAUAUUUUGAAAACACUAUUCAGCUUGAUUGAAUGCUCUAGAACUCCGUGUUUUCCAUAACCCCGGCCGGCCUAAAAUAAAAGGCAAAAUAUUUUCUAAAGGACACGCCCUAAGUUUGUGGAAUGAAAUAUAUUCUCAAUCUCGGUCGUCUUGAAAAUUUGUCGGCUGUAAAACAGUCCUCGUGUGUUAUUAAGGUAGUAAUACGGAGAAACGUUUCCUUCGUGUUCCCACCUUCCAGAGCUGUUCUGCGUUCCACGUUGGUUCAGAGGUCACAGAUUUGAGGUACUCGAACAUUGCCUCCAAUUUGUUUUGUUUUUUGCAAUCCCAUCGUCUUCUAGCCUGAGAAAACAGCCGACGUUUCGCUACGCCACCGCUGGUUUCCCUGGGAAAUGUCGUCUGAGAAACGAGCGCAGAAAUUCCGUACUGAUAACGCGUCACUACCCAGAUCUGGAUAGUGCUUCUGAUUGGUUGAAGCAGAAUUCCCACGCGAACGACCAAU